AUGUUUUCACCCAAAAGACUUGAACUCUAUCGUGAGAAACUCAUGUUGGAGCCACCAAGUUUGAUGAAGGCGAUCCUCAUUGAUGAUGAUGAACCACAACCACAACAGAGUAGUUUCGGAAUUUCUGAAGUGGAAUAUUUUGAGAAAUGUUCCAUCGGGAAUGAACAGGAAUUACUGCUGGGCGAAGGAGGAAAUCAUCAUCAUCGCCAAUCUCUCUUUCAUUGUGGAUUUAUUUCAAAGAGAAUGGCUGCUGAUUUUGAUAAUCUUGAUGAGGGAUGGAAAAAGCGGUUGACUCUUUGUUGUCGGGAACAUAAGAAUGGUUGUUCCGAUACAAAAUUCUUCAUCAUGACAGGUUCUUCAUCAGCAAAAGAAUUACUUUCUCAUCAAGUGUAUGACACCUUGUUGUAUAGAGUAUUUGAUUCGGCUAUUGGAAAUGGUGGCAUUGAGCAAAAUAAUUUCAUCAUCACGAAUAGCAACCAUUCGAGUGUAGCGCCGCUCGGAAGAUCACAACCAUGUACUGCACUGUAUCAUCAUGAAUUUGAAAUUAUAUUUUCAAAUAAUUAUCCUUUACAACCUCCGAGAGUGAGAUGUCAUACCCUCUAUCAUCCAAAUGUACAUCCAAUGACUAGCGAGGUGUGUUUGCCGUUAUUGGCGUUGAAUGAAUGGAAGCCAUGCUUUGUAAUUUCUACAAUUUUAAUGGCCAUUGAUCAAUUAUUAACUGAUCAAAUGCAUUGGGCUUCAGAUUGGAAUACAAGUAGAGUGAAUGGAGAGGCAUUUCAAUUAUUGAGAAAUAAUGCUGCAUGUUUCAACGAACGAAAAAGAGAAUAUUAUUUUAGUAGAAAAGCAAUAAUUGCUGAGAAUGGAGGUCAAUUUAUGAGUGCAUUUGGAAAAUAUAGUGGUAGUCACUUGAGUAAUUGUAUAGAAACAGAAACCACACCAGCAGAAGCUGAUUCAUCCUCUUUGGAUGAAAUGAUGAUGGACGAUCCUCAUGUGUGA